CAUAAAAAAGAAGACGGUGUGGACAUAUAUGGUCUAGUAGCAAUUGAAAUCUUACCAACCUUAAAAAAUGUCAAAGUUUGGAACCUCACUAUUGGUGCCUUCUGUACAAGAGCUUGCAAAGAAACCCAUCAUAGAAGUUCCAGAACAAUAUCUUUAUCCAAAUCAAGACCCUAUUGUUUUAUCAAAUACAUCUUCACUACAACAAGUCCCAGUCAUUGACCUAAGUAAAUUGUUGUGUGAAGAUGCAUCUGAGCUACAGAAGUUGGAUCAAGCAUGUAAACAAUGGGGAUUCUUUCAGCUGAUCAAUCAUGGAGUCAGUCCUUCAUUGGUGGAAAAUUUGAAGAUAGGUGUUCAAGAAUUCAUGAGUCGUCCGGUGGAAGAGAAGAAGAAACUUUGGCAAACUCCGGAAGAUAUAGAGGGGUUUGGUCAAUUGUUUGUUGUAUCGGAAAAUCAAAAGUUGGAAUGGGCAGAUUUAUUCUUCACUACUACUCUUCCGUCCUAUGCAAGGAAUCCUCGGUUAUUUCCGAAUAUUCCUCAACCAUUCAGAGAUAAUUUAGAGACCUAUUGCUUAGAAUUGAAAAAAGUUUGCAUCACAAUCAUCACACACAUGACAAAAGCUCUAAAAGUUGAACCAAAAGAAAUGCUAGAGUUUUUUGAUGAUCUAACUCAAGCAACGAGGAUGAAUUACUAUCCUCCUUGUCCCCAACCAGAAAAUGUCAUUGGAUUGAAUCCGCAUUCUGAUGCGGAUUGCUUAACUAUCCUUCUCCAAGCCAAUGACAUUGAAGGCCUCCAAAUAAGAAAAGAUGGACAAUGGAUUUCUGUUAAACCACUCGCCGGUGCUUUUGUCGUAAACAUUGGAGACAUGUUAGAGAUAUUGACAAAUGGAAUUUAUCGAAGCAUUGAACAUCGAGCUACGGUUAAUUCAGAGAAAGCGAGGAUUUCCAUUGCUGCAUUUCACAGACCUCAGAUGAGCAAAGUUAUAGGUCCAACACAAAAACUUGUUACUCCUGAAAGGCCUGCAUUGUUCAAAACAAUUACUGUAGAAGAUUACUACAAAGCAUUCUUUUCACGCAAGCUACAAGGGAAAUCAUGCAUUGAUCUUAUGAGAAUCCAAAACGAGAAUAGUACUCGUAAAGGAUCUCACUGAAAGUUCGCGGGAGAUUCUUUCACAAGAGGAUAAAUCUUAGAUACACUUCAACCUCUGCAUUAUAUCUGAGCAUCUAGCAAAGUUGAUCGACAUAUCCUUUAAAAGUUUCGCGUUCUUCAAUAUAUACGAUGAAAAUUGAAAAUCAGCUUCCACAGUUUGAUAAUUUGUAAUAUUGCAUGUUGUAAGAUGAGACGAAACACAUUCAGGAAUAUGAUCUUGGUAUUUCCCAUUCGAA